UUAAAAAACGUGACAAUCUCGGAAGACGAAUUCAUGGCACUGAAUCUUGUUAUGUAAAUUACUAUUUUUUAAUUUAUGUGCAGAACAAACUGGUUUCACUUCAAGUCCUUGUGAAUUUGUUAAUUCAAGUAAUCUUUAUUUGUUGAAAUAUCGAUAGUGAAAUUGAACGUACGAAGCGAAAUCUGAAAUGUUGAGCUGGUUUUCAAGUGGCAAUAAUGCGGAAAAUAAUGUCGAAAUCGAGAGCAAAACAUCUAUUCAAUUCACGAUACAAGGAGAGCUACACACAGUCAAUUCCUUGGAUGUCGUGCCGAAAACUACCCUGAAUGAUUAUCUACGACAAAAAAUGUUUCUCAUGGGCACAAAACGGAUGUGUAAUGAAGGUGGCUGUGGAGCAUGCGUAGUAGUUGUAAAGAAGCCCGGAAAUGAUAAAUAUAUAGCAGUAAAUUCGUGCUUGAUUUCCAUAUUAACAUGCCAUGAGUGGAAAAUCGAAACAAUAGAAGGCAUUGGAGGUCCCCUGACUAAAUACAAUCCGAUCCAGUUAGCCCUGGCCAAUUUCAACGGCACUCAGUGUGGAUUCUGCUCAUCGGGCAUGGUCAUGAACAUGUACGCCUUAUCGAAAAAUGGGAAACCAAGCAUGAAAGAAGUCGAGAAUUCGUUCGGUGGAAAUAUAUGCAGAUGUACAGGCUACCGUCCCAUUCUGUCAGCCUUCAAAUCUUUGUGCAAGGACGCUUGUACCAAUUUGAUAGGGACGUAUCCCGAUAUCGAAGAUUUUUGUCUGGUCGAUCCAGAUAUGUUGGGUAAAAGCAAUAUGAGUGGCUUUGGAAAGGGACAGUUUGAAAUUAAGUAUGGCACAUCUACGUGGACAAAAGUUACGUCUUUGAAUGGUCUCUUGGAUGUUAUCAAAAAAUUAGGCGAUAAAACCUACAUGCUUGUAGCUGGAAAUACUGGCAAAGGAGUGUACAAGCUGCCCACACCCUCCUUCUAUAUAGAUGUGAUCGAUGUCAAAGAACUCACAAAAUAUGAACUUGAUGAGGGGACCCUUAAAAUAGGGGCGAAUUGUUCCUUGUCUCAUACUAUGGAUUUAUUCAACCAGAUAUCGCAACUGAACAAGAGUUUUGCUUAUUUGAAAACUAUAGCAGAUCACAUGGAUCUUAUCGCACAUGUACCAGUGAGAAAUGUUGGUACAUUAGCAGGAAAUUUGAUGCUGAAGCAUUACCACCAUGAAUUUCCAUCAGACGUAUUUUUGUUGUUGGAAACAUUCGCUGCUACGUUAGUUAUAGUUCAAACUGAUGGAACCGAGAUCCUUAAAACCCUGCCGGAAUUUCUGCAACUUGAUAUGAAGAAAAAAGUCAUCAAGACAAUCCAGUUGAAGAGUUUGACAGAUCACCACAAAUAUGAAACUUUCAAGAUAAUGCCUAGAGCUCAAAACGCCCACGCUAUGGUCAACGCUGGAUUCCUGUUUGAAUUGGAUUCAACUGACACGGUGAAAAGUAGCAGAAUAGUUUUCGGGAACAUAAAUCCCAGUUUCAUUCAUGCAGAAAACACUGAACGAUAUCUCACUGGAAAAAAAAUAUUCGACAAUAACACUUUACAAGGGGCUUUUAAAACUCUUUCAGAAGAGUUGAAACCAGAAGAUAAUCCACCAGAACCUGAACCCGAAUUCAGAAAAAACCUUGCAAUAGCUCUACUUUACAAGGGUGUACUCAAAAUGGCACCUAAGAAUAAGCUUAGUCCUAAAAAUGCUACUGGUGGUGCUCUUCUCAAAAGACCAAUAUCUAGUGGAGUCCAAGAAUAUGAAACUAAGAAGUCUUUGUAUCCCUUAACCAAGCCCAUCCCAAAACUAGAGGCUCUUGCACAAACAACAGGUCAAGCGCAAUAUAUUGAUGAUAUACCAGACCUGCCGCACCAGCUUUAUGGGAAGUUCAUCUUAGCUGAUGCAGCACCUAAUUCCAAGAUAGUUAAAAUUGACGCAACAAAAGCUUUGGCUAUGAAAGGGGUGGUUAGAUUGUUUACCAAAGAUGAUAUACCCGGUGAGAAUAAUUUCUUUCCUAAGGAGUUGGGAUUUGAAAUCGUUGAAAAAUUAUUCUGUGACAAAAUUGUUGAGUUCAAUCAGCAGCCGCUGGGGCUGCUUGUAGCGUCUGAUAAAGAUGUUCUAGAUGAUGCAGCUGGUUUGGUAGAGGUAGAAUAUACCCCUCCAAAGGAAUCACCUUUGCUCUCUGUAAGAGAAAUAUUAGCAGCUAAAGCCUCAGAUAGACUGAUUAAGGAGAAGGUACAAAAACCAGUGAAAAAAGGAACGGACGUCAAGCAUAAGCUGAAAGGUAGCUUUGAUAUGAAGGGUCAAUAUCAUUUCCAUAUGGAGUUACAGUGCUGUCUUGCUGUUCCUUCCGAAGAUGGUUUAGAAGUGUAUCCAUCCACCCAAUGGAUGGAUGCUACUCAAAUAGGCAUAGCCAAAGUGCUUAAUGUACCUCAUAACAAAAUCCGCAUCAACGUAAGAAGGCUAGGUGGUGGCUUUGGAGCGAAGAUAUCCAGAAAUAACAUCAUUUCAUGUGCAGCAGGUCUAGCAGCUUGGUUGCUGAAAAAACCUGUUCGAAUAUCAUUGUCCCUGAAGGAAAACAUGGGAUUCAUAGGGAAAAGAUUCCCGUUUUCCGUGGACUACGAGGUUGGUGUGAACGAUGGCGGGGUCAUACAGUACCUUAAUUGCGAAAUGUAUGGUGAUCAUGGCAUCGGAGGAAAUGAACAGAUAGUUUCGGAUUACAUCUUCAGCACGAUGAAUGGAAAUUAUAACAACGAAAGCUUUGAUCUGGUUUAUUACAGGGCUAAGACCGAUUGUCCUGCUUACACUUGGGCAAGAGCACCAGGCUCUUCAGAUGGAAUAGCAUUUAUGGAAUCACUUAUGGAGCAUAUCUCACACGUGACGAAAAUAGAUCCUCUAGACGUGAGAAUCAAUAAUAUUUCAACGAGAAAAGAGCUUUUCGAUUACUUAGGUGAUUUGAAAGAAUGGGCCGAUAUUGAUGAAAGAAAAGUGGCAAUAGAAGCAUUCAAUGAGAAAAAUCGCUGGAAGAAGAAGGGAAUCUCAGUUGUUCCAAUGGCAUGGCCUUUCGAACAAGCUGGACCAAUAAUGGCUACAGUUUCUAUUUACCAUGUAGAUGGUAGCGUAUCGAUCAGCCAUGGUGGGAUUGAAAUUGGGCAAGGUAUAAAUACGAAGGCCGCCCAAGUUUGCGCCUACAAAUUCAACAUACCACUAGAAAAAGUGAACAUUAUUCCAAGUAAUAAUAUGGUUUCUGCUAACAGCUUUAUCACUGGAGGGAGCUGGACUUCAGAAGCAGUGUGCUACGGUGUCAUUCAAGCAUGUGAAGAAUUGUUAAGGCGUCUUAAGCCUUACAGAGAAGAGGACAGCGACCAGACCUGGGAGGCUUUGAUAAACUCUGCCUUCGCUGAUUAUGUGCUGCUCACUGCAAAUGCUCAAUAUUCGCCAAAAAGUCCAUUCUUAGAAGCAUACUAUGUUUACGGCGCAUGCGCAGCUGAAGUUGAAUUGGAUAUCCUUACCGGGCAGCACCAAGUGACUAGAGUAGACUUAAUAGAAGAUACUGGUACUUCCUUGAGUCCAUACGUUGACAUUGGUCAAGUAGAAGGCGCUUUCAUCAUGGGAUUAGGUUAUUUCACAUCCGAAAAACUCAUAUACGAUGAGAAAGGGAAAAUGUUGACGAACAACACGUGGACUUACAAACCUCCUGGGAUGAGGGAUAUACCCAUAGAUUUCCGCGUCAAAUUUCCAAAGAAUAGACCUAACCCAGUUGGAGUACUACAGUCGAAAGCUGUUGGCGAACCACCACUUUGCAUGUCAGUAUCAGUACCUAUUGCAAUAAGAAACGCUGUUGCUUCAGCAAGAAAAGAUGCAGAUCCAUCCAAGCCAACAUAUUUCUUUUUUGAUGGGCCAACCACUGUGGAAAACACUUUCAUGAACUCCCUAAAUGAUUACAAACAAUAUGUACUAUGAAUAUUCGAGAGAUGAAUUGAAGAGAAUUUAUUUGUUGAAUGCCACAAUAAGAGGAGGUUUAGGAAAUUAUUAUAAGGAAAUAUUGUUAUACCAAUGUUGCCCUUUUUUCUUAGGUUUCUAGGAAUUUGAUUUCAUGUUUAUUGUUUCUAACCCAGAACUAUACUUUUAAAAUUUUUAUAUUUAUUUUAUUUGUACUAAAAUGCUAAGUAUAAUGGUUUAUUCUUC